ACGUGGUUGAUAAUAACAUGGGUGGGCUCGAGAGGGCGGUGGUGAACUGUCAGCAGCAGCAAUGAUUUGGGAAAUAAUAUAGUCACGCAUUAAUUAAGUUAAGUAAUGAUUCAUCUCGCCAGGUUUUGAAAAAUAGGACAGUGUAAAAGAACCGAAGCUCGACAGGUGACCUUUGGUUGUUUUGUGGCCGGGGAGGAGACGUUAGCUAGAGCCGUUAGCUCGUUUAGCUUCCAGGAAGACGGACGAGAAGAGCCCGUCUGCGGUCAUGGCUGCCCUCGGUAACUCCGGAGCUAUUUCCAGUCCCAUGGUGGUCUUGGCUCCGAAGACUAAAACGAAAAAGAAACAUUUCGUACAGCAGAAGGUGAAGGUGUUUCGAGCCAGCGACCCCGUCCUGAGCGUCUUCAUGUGGGGCGUCAAUCACUCGAUCAAUGAUCUUAACCAGGUGCCUGUUCCCGUCAUGUUGCUGCCUGACGACUUUAAAGCAAACACUAAGAUCAAAGUCAACAACCACCUCUUUAACAAAGAAAAUCUACCAGGACAUUUCAAAUUCAAAGAGUACUGUCCUCAGGUCUUCCGAAAUCUUAGGGAGCGGUUUGGUAUUGAGGAUCUGGAUUAUCAGGUUUCGUUGACCCGCAGCCCCCCGGUGAGGAGUGUAGACGAUCAGGGAGAGGGUCUGCUCCUCAACUCCUACGACCGGACGCUGGUCAUCAAGCAGAUCUCCAGCGAGGAUGUGGCAGACAUGCACAACAUCCUGUCUGAGUACCACCAGCACAUAGUGAAGUGUCACGGCAGCACGCUGCUGCCUCAGUUCCUCGGGAUGUACCGUGUGAGCGUGGACAGCGAGGAGACGUACCUGAUCGUCAUGAGGAACAUGUUCAGCCACAGACUGCUGGUGCACAGGAAGUACGACCUGAAGGGCUCUCUGGUGGCUCGUGAAGCAAGUGACAAAGAAAGGGGAAAAGAGCUCCCGACCUUCAAGGACAUGGACUUCAGGAACAACAUGCAGAAGGUGUAUGUGACCGAUGAGCAGAAGGAGAAGUUCAUGGAGAAACUCAACAGAGAUGUGGAGUUCCUGGCGCGGCUGAAGAUCAUGGACUACAGCCUGCUGCUCGGGAUCCACGAUGUGGGUCGAGCUGAACGUGAUGAAGAGGAGGGCGAGGAGGUGUCCAACGAGGAAGAUCCAGACGCAGAGAACGGCCUUGCGGGGGCCGCGGUGGGGUCGUAUGGCACCUCUCCAGAGGGCAUCGCUGGGUACAUGUCCUGCUGCAAACCUCUGGGGCCCGGGGAGUUCGACCCCUACGUGGACGUGUACGCCAUCGGGAACUGCCCAGGAGCCCCUCAGAGGGAAGUGUACUUCAUGGGCCUGAUCGACGUCCUCACUCAGUACGACGCCAAGAAGAAAGCCGCUCAUGCAGCAAAAACUGUCAAACACGGGGCCGGCGCUGAAAUCUCCACAGUCCACCCCGAGCAGUACGCCAAAAGAUUUCGCGACUUCAUCUCCAACAUCUUUGCGUAACACUCGGCUCCGAACGCUGCCAUCUAUUUUACCCUUCGACCAAAACAAAAUAGUACGCACACACAGAUCGUUGUUUCUGAGGAUCUGAGGCGGGACUACUUACAUUUGUAGCAACAUAAUGUACUACUUCUGAUGCAUAUAUUUAUUUUUAAGAUUUAAGAUGCAGUUCUUAUAGAUAUUAAGCACUCUUUAACGGUUUAACUCUGGAGCAUUAGGGUACACGGAAAUAAACUGCUGUUGAUCAGUGUUAGACCACGUCAGUGCGAGAUCAAAUAUUUAGUUUUCUUCUUUGUCACUUCUCUCUGGGUACCCAGGCCUGAUAUACACUUAAAGUAAGAGUUUGACAUGUUAAGAUCAUAGCCUAUUUACUUUUUUUGCCAAAAGUUGAAUGAAAAGAUUGAAACUGCU